AUGAAUGCAACAGAUCUGAAAUGUUUAUCCAAGACUACCGCACCAGUGGAAGAAGACAUUAGCGGAAAAGGUCGACCACCUAAUGAACGCUUUCCUUUUCAAAAACAACAUCCACAGGCAUCAACACAUCUGAUGAUAAAAUACAGUGAACCUCAUGUAACUAUUCUUUACGGCCCACAAAUUCCUCGACGAGAUCGUGAUGACACUCGAGAACGAUAUAGUCGAGCUCUUCUCACGCUCUUUGUGCCCUGGCGCACAGUUACUGAUCUCUGUGGUGCCAAUCAAACAUGGGAAGAUGCCCUCAACUCUCGGCAACAUCUUAUUUCUGUACAUUCGUGGAAGAUCAUAGAAAAUAUCCAACUUUUGCACGAAUGCAAAAAGGACCGUGAUGAACAUUUACUUCAAGUUAUUGCUGAAGCUCAAGUCGACAAUGAUGCAAU